AUGUUAUGGUUCUGUCAGGACGCCGGCGUCGUGGGCUUUGGGCGCUUGCCAUCCGCACGGCCCGGUUGGGGUUUGGCUCCGCUUUUCUCGAGCCCGUUGUCAUCCUCCUGCCCGCGUUUCCCUCCCAUCUCGACCGCAGCUCGAGGGUCGAGAAGUCUCCGCCGUUUGCGUGGCGGGGGCCGGAGGAGUUUAAGUGUCUGAGGGUCGGCGCCGCCGCCUCUACCUCAAAGCCUGGGCCCAGCCGCCGCCGCGGUUGCCACCUCCGCGGGGCGGGGAGAUGCAGCCGCCGCCGGGUCCGCCCCAGCUGUAUUCACCCACUAACGGGGACUUUACCUUCGUUUCUUCCGCAGACGCUGAAGAUCUCAGUGGUUCAAUAGCAUCCCCAGAUGUCAAAUUAAACCUUGGUGGAGACUUCAUCAAAGAGUCUACAGCAACUACAUUUCUGAGACAGAGAGGCUAUGGCUGGCUCUUGGAAGUGGAAGAUGAUGACCCUGAAGAUAACAAGCCUCUCUUGGAGGAACUGGACAUUGAUCUGAAGGAUAUUUACUACAAAAUUCGAUGUGUAUUGAUGCCAAUGCCAUCACUUGGUUUUAAUAGACAAGUGGUGAGGGACAAUCCUGAUUUUUGGGGCCCUCUAGCAGUUGUUCUUUUCUUCUCAAUGAUUUCAUUAUAUGGACAGUUCAGGGUGGUUUCAUGGAUCAUAACUAUUUGGAUAUUUGGCUCCCUAACAAUUUUCUUGUUAGCCAGAGUACUUGGUGGAGAAGUUGCAUAUGGUCAAGUUCUUGGUGUCAUAGGAUAUUCACUACUUCCCCUCAUUGUAAUAGCUCCUCUACUUUUGGUGGUUGGAUCAUUUGAUGUUGUAUCAACACUAAUAAAACUGUUUGGAGUCUUUUGGGCUGCCUACAGUGCUGCUUCCCUAUUAGUUGGUGAAGAAUUCAAGACAAAGAAGCCUCUCCUGAUUUAUCCAAUUUUUUUAUUAUACAUUUAUUUCUUGUCCUUAUAUACUGGGGUGUGAGCUGAAAAGAGUCAUUUAUGGGUAGAAAGUUAACAUAUGCAGGCUAGAAAUUCAUGUGGAAUAGAUUGGAGAAAACACAUAGAUGGCGGAGUCUUUUAUGUUCCAGUUGUAAAGGCAGGUGUAAGAUUUAAAAGCCUGCUUGUACAUUCUAUUUUAAGCAGUGUAGCUAUGUAGAUGUGUCAGAAUUCAGAUUUUGUUUAAAAUUCUUCAUAUUUCAGUGAAAUAAAUAUAAAAACAUGGUGUGUUUAUAAGAUCGUGUCAAUAUAUACCUGAAUACUGUGCCAAACGCACCAGGACUGGGGUUACUGUAUUACACUUGAAGGGUAAAUAUGGCAAGAUCUUGAUAAUCUAAAAGUGCAAAUUUGUUUUUCAUUUAAUAAGCUGGAUUUUUUUCGCACAGCAAAUUCUGUAGGUAUAUGUAUAUUUAUAUAUACACAUAUAUAUAUAUUUAUGAAAUAAUCCUGAUUAUUCACAGAAUAUAUUUCUGUAUGACCUAAAAAAUGAAGAUAUUUAAAAUUUGAUGCUUAAAAUUUCUUUAAUUUGGCCAUUGAGUUUUAUAAGUUUAAAUUUUUUUUUUAAAUUGUACAUAACCAUUUUUGUAUCUAUUGCACAGCUUUGACACUUCCUUGUUAAGAAUUCUUGAUGGUAACUUCAAAAUAAUUUUAGUAGUUACUAAAAUAGAUUGAGUUUGUGCUUUUAAAAACCAUUUUUGAAUAUCCAGAAAUCUGAUUUAAAGUUCCUAUUUAUAUUUCUGACCAAAGGAGCAAAGAAAUGUAUUGUGUACGGCAUUUUAUUAAAUUGUUAAUAUUAGGAAACAGUAUAUUUACAGAUUAGUAAAAAUUUUAAAGUGUGAAUCUUAAGUUUGACAGUAAAAUGGUUAGGUCUUUUUAGUCAUUAAAAAUUGAAGGUGGCAGAGAGAAACUUAAAAUUCACUUAUUACAAUUGUUAUUUGAUAAAAUAGAAAAAAAAAUAAAAUGUUUUCCAACUGUGUGUGUCUUUUAUAACACCCUUGUUUUGUUACAUUUGAUGGUCUUGUAUUUUAACAAAUGAGAUGUGUUUUAAAAAUUAUGCACAUUUUCAAGAGAAAUGUUUAGGAUUCAUAAAUAAACAGUUGAUUUUGUUGCAGUAAUUUAACUCUAGCGGUCAAAUUAUCUAAUAUUCUUUUUUUAAAAGCAGGUGAAAUGUUUUUAUUAUAGUGUGUUGGAGUUCAAGGUCAUAAAAUGGCAAAUGUCCAUCAACUGUUGUCAGAUCAGUAUAUUUUAUCUAUUUUAACUGUGCCCUUCACAACCAGAAGAUGUUUUCUGGACUGCAAUUUCUCUUAACUGGGAACCCUUAUCAGUGACUCUUACCAAAUUAACAUUCCUACUUCCAUGAACUUGGAAAAAGAGUGAAAAAGGACUGUAAGGAAACGGCUCUCAUAGGCCCCAUGUUUUGUAUUCUUUAGGAAAGGCAUGAAACCAGCGUGGGUUUAGAAUUCUGUGAAAAAAUUAUCUCACUGAUUUUAUUAAGUUAGGAUGGAUAGCAGAUUAAAAGUAACAGAAGAGGGGAAAGAGGUUACUAGAAACGAAAAAUAUUGAAAAGUACUAUAAUAGCAGAGUGAAGAAGAAGCAGAAGAAUCAGCACCAAUGUAAAAGUUAACUGUAUACACUUCAACAGUCCCUGAGGUCACACUCUACUAUAGCAUAGUGAAAGUAGUUGAGUUUGAUCAUAAUUAAACCCUUGCAUCAAGAAAGGUUCAAUUGUGUGCUGGAAGAAGACAGCAAGUCUACAAAGCAUUUUACAAACAAUCGCCAUUGAAAAAUGACUAAAAUGAUUUAGGCAAUAAAACUUUUUUAUCUGGAAAAUUGAUUUAUAUAAAAUAUAUCAUUACUAAAAGUUGCCAGGUAAAUGAUUUGUAUUGUGCAUACAUAUCUGGGAUGUUUAAAAAGCACACCUUAAAAAAAGUGUUAGCAUUAAGAACAAGAAUAAAAGCAUGUUUUCUCAUUUUAUCAGGCUCAAAGAUGUUAUUUUGACAUGUCAGAGCCAUUGAAUGAGGAAAUUUGCUUAAAGGAUUAGAUUGAAGAUAGUAAAUACAAAUUUGUAUUAAUAUUUUAGUAGUGGUGCACUGACAGUGAAAUUAUUCUGUUUUUAUAUUUGGUGUCGGUGUCAUAUUGAUUUAAGAUUAUUGAUGGAUCAAUGUAAGAAUUUUUAAAUCAUAGUUGACUUAGAAAAAGUAAGACUAGCCAAUAUAUAUACACAUUUUGCCUUGUUAUUAUCAAAUAAAAAAUAUCAGCUUUUCAGUGGUGAACCAAAAAAGGUGUAAAGUAACAUGUAGGUUUUAGCUCUAGUAGGCUAUAAAAAUGAAUUUUUAAAGAAGAUAAUACAAGGCCCUUGUUUUUAUGCGAAGAAAAAUCCCUACCAUUCAUUAUAGGUAUAAUUGUCUAGAAUUUCACAAGUUUGUACUUUUUUUUUUUCCGGGGCAAUGAGGGUUAAGUAACUUGCCCAGAGUCACACAGCUACUAAGUGUCAAGUGUCUGAGGUGAGAUUUGAACUCAGGUCCUCCUGAAUUCAGGGCCGGUGCUUGAUCCACUGCACCACCUAGCUACCCCAAGUUUGUACAUUUUUAAAGGACUGUUCAUUGCUACACUUUGUCCAUGAGUUUUGACAGCUUGUUUUAGUUAACAAACUUAUAAAUUACUACAACUCAUUUUUACUUAAACUAUAUGUACUAAUAAAAUGAUAACUAGCAUUUAUGUAGUUGUUUUAAGGUUAGCAAAAUGCUUUACACAAGUUAUUUCAUUUGAUCCUCAUGAUAACCUGUAAGAUAGGUAUUAUUAUUAUCCCCAUUUUGUGCUAACAGCUGAGAGAUUAAGUGAUUUACCUAGAAUCAUAGCUACUAGGUAACUGAGGAAGUAUCUUCCCAACACCAAGUUACUCUAUUCACUGUACCUCUUGGCUGCCCCCCAGUAUAUAUGCUAUCUGUAAAAUCUAUAAAAUUUUUAUUCAGCUUAACUAAAAAUGUAAUAUUUCUAAAAUUAUCCUGGAUAUCAAUAAUUAAAUAAAGAUCACUUUUCCUUUA